UGGAUAUGAACGUACGGUACGGAGACAGCUGCCGGCGCCGGCGAGUCUGGUGCAGGGUCGGCGCCCGCCGUUUCCCGGGACGACGCCAGUCGAUCGCGGACCGCACGCCGCACGCAUUACGAUGUAUUGUCACCACAUCACUGCGGCCUGUCUUUUGUUCACAUUACAAACUGUCAGUGCUAAAAUCAGCGGAGGCCCCCGCGGCCGAUUCGGUGGAGUUUCCGACUAUUCCAAUUCACACGUAAAUGCCCACCACGCCCACUACUCUUAUCAUCCCCCGACUCACAUUACGUAUAUAUGCCGAUAUUGUACGGGCCCUACUUCGUACCCGGUUUACCACAGCACGUUACCGAGUUACGUUUAUAAAUUCAGGGAAUCCGAUAGCCGUUACGCGGUUUUACUUACCGGAUUGUCUCUAUAUAACUUGGGAAGAUGUUGUGGACAAGUGGACUCCAGUGUUUACACUCCACGUGCUGAAGAAAAAUGCUCUCUACAAGUUAUCGACCGCAGACACUUCGAGGAGGCAAGAUUUCCAUGCUUCAUGAUGUCGUCCUUUAUGGAGCAUAAUCAAUCGAAGUUUUACGAGGCAUUGACUUUGAAGAAUGCAUCAGUUUUAGUGAACGAAACCACGACGACGGAGGUGCCUGUAACAUUUGACAUUGUGUCAGCUCAUGUCGAUGUUAAGCCAUAUUUGAGUGAAAAUAUGACUUUGUUAGUAGUAAGCCGUGAUCAAGACUGCGUGAUAUGGCAUAAUAUGACGAUGACGAAAGAGAGGCAUACCGUAUCUUGUACAUUGCUAAAGGAGUACGCUGAAACCAUGAAGCCUGUCGGGGUUCCAGUGUAUAUUUGGAUGCCAGCUCUGUUAUCUACCAUUGUUGGUAUUUACAUAAUAUGCUACUGUUGCUGCAGAAAACCCAAGAAUAAGAAGGAAGAUUUACCUUUGAAUCCGAACAGUGUGUAUAGAUACUGUUCUAACUGAUUCAGAACAGAUUAUAAGCAGAGGCGUCUCUAGCCCUUGUAGCACUAGUGUCCAAUCAUUAACCUAGCGCCCUCUAGUAAGCGCAUGGUCAAAGUGUAAUGGUGGCGAGUGACGCUAGGCGCCCCCCGACCGCUGCGCGCGUGUGCAACACGCACCCUACACCAAAGGUAAAGCCGCCUCUGAUUAUAGGGGAAAAGCCGGAUAGUUGUCCCACUCUCCAGUAAAACUUUAUUGUUGAAAAAUAUUGACCUACAAGUAGUGAUGCAUCAUGUAUAUUGUUUAUCUAUACACGAAAUUUAUCCUUUAUUUUUCAUAGUAGCUUAUUUGUUUUAAACGUAAUUUAUUAUCGAUUUGAGUAAAUCCAGCUUUCAUAGACUUCUUAGAAAAGGAUAGGUGCCUACUCAAACGGAUAAUGGCCUAACGCUAAAAAAUUAUCGAGGGAAACUUACCCCUUGCCUGAACUUUGUGAAAAUAGACCACUCACUUUUCUUGAAGAAAAGUAUAUUUAUACGAGUAUGAACUUUUACAAACAGUUUUUAAUAUUGAUUGUUUGUAUCUGACUUGCGCUUGAACUUUUUUUGUGGGUGCCGUCUUUUCUUCGCAACAUUACUUUGAAUAAGCAAAUGUUGGCAGUAGUUUUCUUUUAUUAUUUUUUAAAGGAUAUUUACGAUACAUUUCGCUCUUAAAAUAGGAAUUUAAUAUAUUUAAAAUAAAAAAUAUAUAAGUAUUUCCAACACUCACACCAAUUAGCCUAGCCC